CCACGCCUCUAAGAGUUGGACAAGGAGGAGGAGAAAUCAAAAAUGGCGACGAACGAAGCAGCAACAACAGCGGCUCCAAACCCCGCGAACAUAAUCACCGCCCUGACUAGUGCCUUUAAAAGCCAAAAUGGCGAGGCAGCAUCAAGCACGCGCAUAGCCCAGCUCCUCGAGCAGAAUAUGGGCCAACUUGGCGAGCUUAUGCGGCAGGGCAAGCUCACUGCCGUACAGAUCCAGCAGCUGAAAGAUUACGCUGAAAAACACAAGUCCGCGACCAGUGCUGCUUCGGGAAGCGUGACUGGCACUUCGACCGCGAAUGGCAGUACAAAGACCGGGGCUGCUGCAACGACUGCUACCGCUUUUAAAAGCGGGUCACCAGCUCCUGUUCUUACUUCCACACCUGGUGACGGGUAUCCCAUUAGCCAAACUCUCAACACUACCAAUCCAGGGCCCGUCCAGUGGGCAGCUGCACAGCAAGGAAGACCAACUCUUACAGGCGGAAUGACUAGUGGCAGAGUGUCUGGUACCCCUGCUCAGAUCACACGAUCUACCGACGACGCUGGCAUGCUCAGCUUAGAUGACAACCGUUCACGAAGAAAGAAUACCCCGGGAGAUCAGAGCAUGAGACGAUCAAUACAAGAUCUCGUGUCAAGUGUUGAUCCCAAUGUUCGGAUCGAACCUGAGGUGGAGGAUCUACUUCUUCAAAUCGCCGAUGAAUUCAUCGACUCGGUCACGAACUUUGGCUGUCGACUAGCAAAACAUCGCGGCGGCGACACGCUGGAAGUCAAAGACCUCCAGCUUCACCUUGAACGCAACCACAAUAUCCGUAUUCCCGGAUUUGCAUCAGAUGACACACGAAUAGCAUUAUCUCAGGCUGCCGUAGCACCUUCUGUGCCUGCAGCAGCAACAAAGAAGGCAGCCCAGGGUACAUCCAUGACUUUACGCAGUCACCGCUUGGCGCAGGUGCAACAAGCGAAGAGGGAGAGCAAGCUCGCAUAGUGAAUCGCUCUGGACACGAUUUGGAUCAUGAACCAGAAACAAUUUCCAUUGCGACUUGCAUGCACGACAACGUUCAACGGCUAGCAAGGUCUCACUCCCCGACGUGCUGUACUUAGCCUUUGCACAGGCGCAUUUGCACAUGAACAGCUGUACACAGCUCUCUCCAGAGUGUGGAAUCGUCACGACAUUUAAACGUUGUUGUCGAUUAGAAAUGAGGCAAAAUAUCAGCAAAUGUUGUUUACUCUUCGCUACUAGUGUAGAUAAGUAAGAAAUGAAUAUGAACAAUACUUCUCUAUUCGCAGGCGACAGUCCAAUUAAAAAAUUAGCAU